AUGGAAUCCUCAAACGACGUCGCAUGCAGCAACCUCCCUCGCCUUCUCUCCUCAUUCGUGGACACAUUCGUCGACUACUCCGUCAGCGGCCUUUUCUUACCACCACCCCCAAACCCUAACCCUACUAGAAACCCUAAUCCCAAUGAUCACUCGCACUCAUCUGCAUUACAGACCACGUACCCUACCCCAGACCGCCUAGUCGCCGUCGGUGACCUCCACGGUGACCUCCAGAAAUCCAAACAAGCUUUCAGACUUGCUGGCCUCAUCGAUACCUCCGAUCGCUGGUCCGGCGGGUCUGCUACCGUGGUCCAGGUCGGUGAUGUGCUCGACCGAGGCGGCGACGAGCUCAAUAUCCUCUACUUCCUCGAAAAAUUGAAGCGAGAGGCGGCAAAAGUUGGUGGGACUAUUAUUACUAUGAAUGGGAACCAUGAGAUCAUGAACCUGGAUGGAGAUUUCAGGUAUGUGACUAAGUCGGCUCUCGAUGAAUUUAGAAAUUGGGCUAAUUGGUAUGGUAUUGGGAAUGUGUUGAAGAGUUUGUGCGAUGGGUUGGAGAAACCAAAGGACCCGUUUGAUGGGUUGCCUUUGGAUUUUCCUGGUGUUAAGCCUGAAUUCUUUAAUGGGAUUAGAACAAGGAUUGCUGCAUUGCGGCCUGAUGGUCCUAUUGCGAGACGUUUUUUAUCGAAAAAUUUGACUGUUGUUGUGGUUGGAGAAUCUGUAUUUGUUCACGGAGGGCUUUUACCCAAACAUGUGGUUUAUGGGUUGCAGAGGAUUAAUGAGGAAGUGAGGGAUUGGAUCAGUGGGUUUAGGGAGAGGGUUUCAAAUGAAUUAGUCAGGGGGAGGAAUUCGGUGGUUUGGUUGAGGAAAUACUCGGAUGAAUUGGCGAAGAAUUGUGAUUGUUCCACUCUUGAACAUGUUCUUGCCACAAUUCCUGGGGUGAAGAGGAUGAUAAUGGGGCAUACGAUUCAGGAGAGUGGAAUUAAUGGUGCUUGUGAUAACAGAGCGAUAAGGAUUGAUGUGGGUAUGUCGAAAGGGUGUAUUAAUGGACUACCUGAAGUUUUAGAGAUUAAUGGGAACUCGGAGCUGCGAGUCUUGACAUCAAACACUUUAUAUAGCAAGUCAUAUGAAUCUCCUUUGCAAGGUAAUCAGAAAGACGGGCUCGGUUUGUUGAUCCCUCAACAUUUGCCAAACCAAUUAGAGGCGAAGGCUUAA